AUGAGAGAUAUAGCACCUCCAGGAUCGAUAAAAGAAACUUGGUAUCCUAAUACUACGUUCUCCAUGAAACCGACGCCGGAAUCGGAAGCCGCUUGGGGAUCUUUAAUGCCAGUGGGCAGAGGAUUUAUAUAUCGACCUGAGAUAGCACCAAUUGUAAAAAGUGUCUCGGUAUUCCAUCAACUACAUUGUCUGCACGGCCUCCGUACCUCCUACUACGAUCUACACUAUCAACUUGCGCGCGCAGCCGGGGGACCCAUCGAUCCAUUUCUUGAGCAAAAGGCCGCGCAUACGCAUAUAGAGACUGCGCAUCAAAAACAUUGUUUUGAUUAUUUGCGACGUGCGAUAAUGUGUGCAGCGGAUACGAAUUUGGAAUAUGUUGAUCCAGUUACGGAUGAUACAACGGGGUGGGGGAGUGAGAGGGUUUGUAGGAGUUUCGAGGAUGUAAAGGGAUGGGCGGAGAAGUGGGCUAAUGGAACAGGUGGAGGGAUUGCUUAA